CUUAUUAAAUAGAGAUCAAUGGCUGCCUUUCUGAAGCUUCAGGAAGAAAAUAAACAGUUCAGUUAUGAGAUUUUCGAAAACCACAAGGAUGCUGAAAGGUACCGAGAGAUUGAGUUUCAGGCUGUUAUUGUCAUUCAAAGUUGGUACAGAGGAAUGAAUACUCGGCAUUACUUACGAUAUCUGAACAAAUGCGCUGUGACAGUCCAAAGAACAUGGAGAGGAUUUUUAGGUCGGAGAUAUUGCCGGGAAAAACUUGACAAAGCGGUGAAAAAAAUGAUGCUGGAUUACUAUAACGACAGAGCUAUAAAAAUACAGAAAAGAUGGCGUGGGUUCUACGUUCGAAAAUACAAACAUAACUUCUAUGCUAGAAAGAGAUACCUGGAGUUGGUUGAAAAGAAGAAUGCGAUUGUAAGAGAACAGCUCCAGGACUACCAACAUCAGGCGAAGCAAGAAUUGGUUCGUCAUUUGAACGAUAUGCGGGCUAAAAAGGUGGAAGAAGAAGCAAAGAAGACACAUUUUCUGAUGAGCACAAGAACUAUCCCCGGAGUGUAUAAUUCUCCCUCGCGUAUCUAUCCUCACGAAAUGGAGUUCUAUAUGCGAGGAGCACGCUUCAAUGACUCAGGAUCAGCUAAAGGUAAGAAGGCAGGAAGUGCUGGAGGAGGGAAGAAGAAGAAGACGGUGAACUCCAAUGGCAACAGCCAGGAUGGAACCACAAGUGGCAAGCAGGGAUCGAAUUCAGAGGAUGUGUUGCCGCCAAUCACCAAACUACAAGGACCCUUCCGCAACCCUCAUGAGGUGCAUGCUCAGAGGAAGAAGCCCCUGCAGCCCACUCUGAGGGUGGAGACUGACUUCACUAGUCUGGAAGAAGCACAGAAGCAACUGCAGCUGGAGGAGUGGAGGGCCAGGGUGGUGGAUGACACUUGGCAGCCUUUCACUCAGUUCAGAUAUCCGUACAAAAAACUGAUGCACAGCUCUUCGGAGUACGGACACCUGAAGGACGACUACCUGAGAGAAGAUGAACCCACUAAACGGGUGACAGAGGGCGACUUCAAACGACUCACUUCACCAGUCCCCCUGUUCGACAAGUUCGGAAGCACUUACUCCAAAGGAGCAGGCGCAAUCUGUAUCCCCGGAGUGUAUAAUUCUCCCUCGCGUAUCUAUCCUCACGAAAUGGAGUUCUAUAUGCGAGGAGCACGCUUCAAUGACUCAGGAUCAGCUAAAGGUAAGAAGGCAGGAAGUGCUGGAGGAGGGAAGAAGAAGAAGACGGUGAACUCCAAUGGCAACAGCCAGGAUGGAACCACAAGUGGCAAGCAGGGAUCGAAUUCAGAGGAUGUGUUGCCGCCAAUCACCAAACUACAAGGACCCUUCCGCAACCCUCAUGAGGUGCAUGCUCAGAGGAAGAAGCCCCUGCAGCCCACUCUGAGGGUGGAGACUGACUUCACUAGUCUGGAAGAAGCACAGAAGCAACUGCAGCUGGAGGAGUGGAGGGCCAGGGUGGUGGAUGACACUUGGCAGCCUUUCACUCAGUUCAGAUAUCCGUACAAAAAACUGAUGCACAGCUCUUCGGAGUACGGACACCUGAAGGACGACUACCUGAGAGAAGAUGAACCCACUAAACGGGUGACAGAGGGCGACUUCAAACGACUCACUUCACCAGUCCCCCUGUUCGACAAGUUCGGAAGCACUUACUCCAAAGGAGCAGGCGCAAUCUGUUGAACUGCCCCUGAUUAAUGAAAUAACAUCUAGUCAUGAAUGAUAAAA